AUGGAUCUAUCUCAAUACGGAAAUGUUACUUGGCCUCAACGACGUGUACCUCGUGUUAUUCAUCAAACCUAUCGUACCUAUGAUAUACCUGCAAUUUGGAAUAGACCGGUACAAUCGGUGAUGACGAUGAAUACUGGUGAGUUUCAGUAUCGUCGAUGGUCACAUGCGGACAUGGAUGCAUUUGUUCGACAACGCGAGCCCCACUUCUAUUGGAAUACUUUUAUCAAGUAUCGAUAUGAUAUGCAACGUAUCGAUUCAUUCCGAGUAAUAGAUUUAAUCGUUGAUCAAUCAUUAAAUAUUGUUAAAGGUAUAAAAUAUCGAUCAAAGAAAAAUAUUCAUUCAUCAUCAUUUGAUAUGUAUGGUGAUUUUAUUAUUGAUUGUACUGGUCGAAAUACAUCAUCACCUAAAUGGUUAAAGGAGAAUUUCAACUUAAUUAUACCAACUGUACAAGUACAUUUUUGUUGUGGCUAUGUUACAUUUAUUGGUGAAAGAUUUAGAACUGACAAUCCGUCGCUUGAUUCAGCAGCGCUCAUUGGCGUCGCAGUUGACGCUCCUAAUAAAUAUAUUGGAUUUACUACAACUCCAAUACGUGUAAUAAAACAAUCGAUGACAAUUCAUUAG